AUGGGUAGCUUUAAGCAACGGCUCAAGAAUCUAACGCAACGGCCAAAGAAGGAGAGGGGAACCAAUGGGGCACAUCUUCCUCCGACCGCAGAGUCAAACGCGUCUAAGCCUUCGGAAGAAUUGAUCACGGAGGACCAUGUACAGACUUCUGGACCUGCUGGAGAUCUUGACAAGAUCUCCAAACCUGCUUCAAUGCAUUGCAACGCAACCACGGUCUCAGGACUACCCGAGUUCCCCCAGCCCGAGACGAUCGUGCCUGGUCCAUCGUCUGCUGAUACAAUUUCAACCUUUUCAAGUGACAGCAAUGACCCUUGGGCUUUGGCAUAUGUAAUCUUGCAGAAACGAGAGCCAAAGUUGGUAGAAUAUUAUCAGACUCACUUGAGCUUAGCUCAGCGCAACGGCUCAGUGGACCCGGCCGAUGCAGUGGACGCAGAUCUUUCGAAUCCGCGGUCAGUCGAGUCAAUGAUGACGCGGCUGCUGGAAGACCGGGAGCAGAAACAGUGGAAAGUUUCACUUCUAGGAAAGGAUGUGAAGAUACGCGAGCAGACCGAAAAACUGGCCAAGUUUCUCCUCUGGGCCGACCCAGUCGUGAAGAACGCCGUUAGCACUCAACCAUACGCAGCGUUGGCAUGGGCUGGUGUUUCGUUACUUCUACCUUUACUCUCGAGCAGUACCACCGCCAACCUGGCAAUGCUGAAAGGCUUCGAUUCAAUCGACAACGUUCAGAUCUACUGGAAUAUCUGCGAGAAGAGAUACCUGCAGUCCGAGCAUAUGGAAGAAUAUCGAGAUCUCAUCAAACCUCUUGCUACGCUCUACUCUUAUAUCAUCGAAUACCAAGCACGUGCUAUCUGUCAUCUAUCUGAAGCCCAACUCUCCCGCGCAUGGAAGAACAUAGCCGGCGAAACCGAUUGGGAUGGAAUGAAAUCAAAGAUCGAGACAUCAAGCGAGGAUUGUAGCUCCUAUCUCCCUCAUCUCGAAUUAGGGGAGAUUCGCAAUCACCGAGAUCGUCAGCUGCAGGAGAUUAAAGAGUCUCGAAGUAUUCUUGAUGAGAUUUGCAACGUCUUAAAAGAGGACACGAGCCGGAAUCAGAAGAAUUAUGAAGACCAGAACGAGCGACACCUUCUUCAAACACUUGCGUCCGACUACGAAGAUGACAAGAAUUACAACCCGCUGAGAGUUCCAGGCACAUGUGAAUGGUUCUUUGAGGGCAACGACUUUCGGAACUGGCGCGACAGCAAUACUUCUAGUCUUCUGUGGAUUUCCGCUGGCCCUGGUUGUGGAAAGUCGGUGUUGUCGCGGACUCUUAUCGAUGAGAACCGACUUUCAACAAACAUCACAACAUCAAAGAUCUGCUAUUUCUUCUUCAAGGAUGGAGAUGAGCGCCGCAUGUCAGCCACCGAUGCUUUGUGCGCAUUGCUUCACCAGCUUUUCACCCACGAUCCUACGGGUACACUAAUUCAAAAUGCAGUUAUCAGUCACAAAAAUCACGGUGCAAAUCUAGCACAUAACUUCUCCGAAUUGUGGCGACUUUUUAUCCAAUGUGUCGGCUCACCAGAGCUUGGAGAGGUUGUUUGUGUCCUGGAUGCUCUGGAUGAGUGCAAAAGUGAUAGCAUGCGGCAAUUUCUCGGCAAUCUGAAGAAUUCCUACUCCAACCCCAAACUUUCAUCCUCAACCUCGAAGCUAAAGUUCCUGCUCACGAGUCGCCCAUAUGAUAGCUUGGAGACAUCGUUUCAUGAUUUCCCCGACACAACUUCAUUUUUGCAUUUUGACGGGGAUGACAAGUCUGUUGAAAUCAACAAUGAUAUAGACCUGGUCAUCGAUGCCAAACUACAGAAGGUCGCCCGAAACUUUGGGGAGAGCGACCGCCAAAUGAUUUCCAAUCAAAUCAAGGAGAUGAAGAAUCGCACUUAUCUCUGGCUACACCUCACGUUCGAUAUUAUUGAACAGAGCCCAAGCCAGUAUAGGCGACGGUCCGAUAUCAAAGGACUCCUCUCCAGCCUACCUUCGGAGGUCUCAGACGCAUAUGAAAACAUUUUAGACCGGAGCAAGAACAAGCUUCAGACAAAGACCCUCCUUGAGAUUGUUUUGGUUGCAGAACGACCUCUAUCGCUCGAUGAAGCCAAUAUAGCCCUGACUAUGGCUUUGGAAAAGGACGGUUUUGAUUCUCUCGACGACCUAGAAGCGGAGUUAUGGCCACAGUGCGACUUCAAAAGCGUUGUGAAAAAUCUCUGCGGUCUCUUCAUCAAUGUGUACGAUUCGAAGUUGUUUUUCAUUCAUUUGACAGCGAGAGAGUUUCUCACUAAGCCCCCUCAGAGUGGAAAGUGGAAGGGACAGCUAAGCAUGACACAGUCGCACACGAAGAUGGCGCUACUGUGUCUAUCAUACUUGGUACAUCUUGAUUGGCAAGGGUCGGCAAUGGAAACCAGGUCGAAGUUUCCGUUGGCUGGGUACUCAGCCCAGUAUUGGAUGGAUCAUUCACGGCCUGCGGAGACAGAGGAAGUGCUGGAGAGAGUCCUGAGGCUUUUCCGUCAACAAAGUCAAGCCUACUUAAAUUGGUGGAAUCUCUUUAACCCAGAUCGACCUUGGACUGACGACCCCCCGCUGAAAGGUCCACGCAUCGAAAUUGGGACUCCACUACACUAUGCAUCGCUUCUCGGUCUCCAACGAACAGUAAAAGCCCUAUUGGACAAGGGUACGGAAGUCAACGCGUCAAGCGAGCUUGAGGAUGCGCUCCAGAAUGCUUCAGUUGGAGGCCACGAAGGGAUUGUGCAGCUGCUAUUAGAUAACGGCGCGGACAUCAACGCGCCGGACCGGUAUAUAACUGCACUCCAGGAUGCUACAGCUGAAGGCCACGAAGGGGUUGUGCAGCUACUGUUAGAUAACGGCGCGGACGUCAACGCGUUAGCCAACAGAAACCAAACUGCACUGCAGGAUGCUUCAACUAGAGGCCACGAAGUGCUUGUACAGCUGUUAUUAGAUUACGGCGCGGACGUCAACGCGCCGGGCGAGUAUGGGACUGCACUCCAGUGUGUUUCAUCUGAAGGCCAUAAACAGAUUUUACAACUACUCUUAGCCAACGGCGCGGAAGUCAGCGUGCCGGGCGGCGAGCGUAAUGGAAAUGCACUCCAGCGUGCUUCACAUGGAGGCCACGAAGGGCUUAUACAGCUGCUAUUAGAUAACGGCGCAGACAUCAACGCGUCGGCUGGCAGGGUCCAAACUGCACUCCAGUAUGCUUCAGGUAAAGGCCACGAAGGGGUUGUACAGGUGUUAUUAGCCAACGGAGCGGACCUUAACGCGCCGGGCCCGUUUGGAACUGCAAUCCAGUGUGCUUUAGCUGGAGGCCACGAACACAUUUUACGGCUACUCUUAGCCAACGGCGCGGACGUUAACGUGCCGGCCAGCGAGCAUACCGGAACCCCACUCCAGGAUGCUUGCUAUAAGGGCCACGAAGUGGUUGUGCAGCUACUAUUAGCCAACGGAGCGGACGUUAACGCGCCGGCCGGCAAGUAUGGAACUGCACUCCAGCGUGCUUCAAAAGAAGGUCACGAAGGGGUUGUGCAGCUACUAUUAGCUAAGGGCGGGAACACCAACAUGCCGGGCGGCGAGUUUACUGGAACUGCACUGCAGGAAGCUUGCCGUAAGGGCUACGAAGUGGUUGUGCAGCUGCUAUUAGCCAACGGAGCGGACGUCAACCCGCCGGCCGACAAGUAUGGAACUGCACUCCAGGGUGCUUCGGCUGGAGGCUACAAUGGGAUUGUGCAGCUGUUAUUAGAUAAUGGCGCGGACAUCAACACGCCGCCGGGUGAAUAUGGAACUGCACUCCAAUGUGCUUCAGCUGGAGGCCACGAACAGACUUUGCAGCUCCUAUUAGCUAAGGGCGCGGACGUCAACGCGCCGGCCUGUAGCUAUGGAACUGCACUCCAGCGUGCUUCGUCUAACGGCCACGAAGUGCUUGUACAGCUACUAUUAGCUAACGGCGCGGACGUUAAUGUGCCGGAUAGCGAGCAUAACGGAACUGCACUCCAGGAUGCUUCGACUGAAGGCCACGAAGGGGUUGUGCAGCUACUAUUAGCCAACGGAGCGGACGUUAACGCGACGGCCGGGAGGUAUGGAACUGCACUCCAGCGUGCUUCGACUAACGGCCACGAAGGGAUUGUGCAGCUACUAUUAGCCAACGGAGCGGACGUCAACGCGCCGGCCGGCAAGUAUGGCACUACACUCCAGGGUGCCUCAGCUAGAGGCUACAAUAAGAUUAUACAGCUUUUAUUAGAUAACGGCGCGGACGUCAACACGCGGGACGAGUAUGGAACUGCACUCCAGAGUGCUUCAUAUACAGGCGGUGAUGAAGGGAUUGUGCAGCUACUAUUAGCCAACGGAGCGGACGUCAACGCGCCAGCCGGUGAGAAUGGGACUGCACUCCAGUGUGCUUCAGCUAGAGGUAGGGAAGGGAUUGUGCAGCUGCUAUUAGCCAACGGAGCGGACGUCAACGCGCCGGCCGGCAGGUCCGGCAGGUAUGGAACUGCACUCCAGGAUGCUUGCCGUAAGGGCUACGAAGGGGUUGUGCAGCUACUAUUAGCCAACGGAGCGGACGUCAACGCGCCAGCCGGUGAGAAUGGGACUGCACUCCAGUGUGCUUCAGCUAGAGGUAGGGAAGGGAUUGUGCAGCUGCUAUUAGCCAACGGAGCGGACGUCAACGCGGCGGGCGACAGGUCCGGUAGGUAUGGAACUGCACUCCAGUGUGCUUCAGCAGAAGGCAACGAAGGGAUUGUGCAGCUGCUAUUAGCCAACGGAGCGGACGUCAACGCGGCGGGCGACGAGUAUGGAACUGCACUCCAGUAUGCUUCAGCAGGAGGCAACGAUGGGAUUGUGCAGCUGCUAUUAGAUAAUGGCGCGGACGUCAACACGCGGGGCGAGUAUGGAACUGCACUCCAGUGUGCUUCAGCAGAAGGCAACGAAGGGAUUGUGCAGCUGCUAUUAGCCAACGGAGCGGACGUCAACACGCGGGGCGAGUAUGGAACUGCACUCCAGUAUGCUUCAGCAGGAGGCAACGAAGGGAUUGUGCAGCUGCUAUUAAAUAAUGGCGCGGACGUCAACACGCGGGGCGAGUAUGGAACUGCACUCCAGUAUGCUUCAGCAGGAGGCAACGAAGGGAUUGUGGAGCUGCUAUUAGCCAACGGAGCGGACGUCAACGCGGCGGGCGACAGGUCCGGCAGGUAUGGAACUGCACUCCAGUGUGCUUCAGAUGCAGACCAUGAAGGGGUUGUGCAGCUGCUCUUAGCCAAGGGUGCGGUAUCAACACCCAGUGCCAGUGUGUAA